AGUGUACUCGCGUAUAGUGUACAACGAGUCCACUCAUUGUCGUGAUGUCUAUCUCAUGUGUGUUUGUCGUUCAGUGCAUUCAUUGGUGUCCAUAACGAGCACAUACUGUGGUGUGUAUUGAUAUGUAGGCUAUAAGUGGUGUGUAUUGUAGCCAAAGGCAGGUAUAUGUUGGCGAAGGACUUGAAUUGAGUUCUUAAGGCCUAAUAAGCGGUGUAUUGAGUGAGACAUCUAUUGACAGCCAAUCGGAGUGCCAUUAAUCACACGCUUUGUUUUGGUGCCGCAAUCCAGUGAUCAGUCGGUGGACAAGUGAUGGCCAAAGGCAAGUCCAAGUUUGUCAUGAUAUUCAUCAAGAGUGUGGUGUCCGGCCAUCGAGUGGUGGCAUUCAGACCACGAGUUAACGAGAAGAUUGAAAUGCUUCGAUGGGAUCCAUACGUGCAGUGUUGGUCCGUCUAUAAGGAGGACGUGAAGAUCCGCGGCGCCAAACAUUAGGCCUUCGAUGCAAUCGCUUAUUAGAUGCCAUUCAUAGUCUUUGAGAGACACUAACACUAACCUCACCGCCAUUUGUGAAUCACUUGAUAUGACUCUCGAGUUGUACUCAAUUGUGAGACAAUCUUUGGGACAAUAAUUGACACAUUUUGCUCUAAUAUUGUCCAUAACUAACUUAUAUUUCAUUUGUUGUAUAAUAAGAAUAAUAACAAAAUGUUUCAUUAAAUUCUA